AUGCCUGCUAUGACUACCACCGAAAAGGAGAACAAUGAUAUUUCCUUAAACUGCUCUGAGUUAAAUUCUGUUAAUAUUCUGAAUAAAGAGCUCCCAGAUUCUCCUACAACUUAUAAUCUAUAUUGCUUACUAGUGACGUUAAUAGCUUUGGUAGUACGGUUAGUUAAAAUUUCAUUCCCUGACGCUGUUGUUUUCGAUGAAGUGCAUUUUGGAAAAUUUGCAUCAUAUUACCUUGAAAGAAGGUUCUUCUUUGAUGUACAUCCUCCAUUAGCUAAACUAUUUUUUGCGUUAAUAGGAUACUUUGCUCGUUAUGAUGGAUAUUUUAAAUUUGAUUCUGUCGGUCAAAGCUACAUCGAGGGUGGUGACAUCGUUGCACCUUACGUCACCUACAGGGUAGUCAACGCUUUAUUGGGCACUCUCAUAGUACCACUAAUAUUUAAUUCGUUAAAAGAAUUAAAUUGUUUUGCGAUAACGUGUGCAUUCGGAUCAUUACUUUUUGCUUUAGAUAAUGCUCAAGUAUGUCAAACAAGAUUUAUCUUCUUAGAUACAUUAUUACUGUUGAGCAUCAUUGCUACAAUAUAUUCUUAUAUCAGAUAUUACAAGUGUGAAAUAACGCCUGGGAAAUCAUUUUCCAAAGAAUGGUAUAUAUGGUUAAUUCAAACGGGAAUAUACUUGUCUUGUGCCAUAUCUUGUAAAUAUGUUGGCGUGAUGACAUAUGCAACUAUAGGAAUUGCUGUGUUAUAUAAUUUAUGGCAACUAUUUUGUCAGUUAAGAAGCACAAAUAUGAGGAUUUUUAUUAGAUAUUUUCUACAAAAAUUAAAUUAUUUGGUAAUGUUACCCUUUUUAUUGUAUUUAUUUUGGUUUUGGAUUCAUUUCCAAAUAUUGAUAUAUGAUGGCGAGGAGAGUGAAAUUUUGUCUGAAACAUUUCAAGACAGUUUGAUACCUAAUGAAGACCUCUUUCAACGUCACGAUCAAUAUAAUGUCAAAUUCUACGAUAAAAUUACGAUACGUCACAGUUUUUCAGAAAUCUUUUUAGGUGUGGGCAAUGAUACCAAUAAUACUAUAUUGGGUACUAAUACGACUAGUGAUAUGACAGUGUGGCAAGUUCUACCAGAGAGCCAGUGUGAUUAUUCCGAGUGGAACUCAAUAUUGACAUUGAAUACUAAUGUAAGAUUUCAAAAUGUUUACACUGGGAAAUAUUUAACAUCAAAUAAUAUGUUGGAUGCUUCACCAGAAACACAUAGUGAAAUAACCAGAUUUGCGCUCGUUGAUAAGGAUGUAGCAGAUACGUAUAUGUAUGAGUACACGUUAUUUAACCUAUUAUCUUUAAGGGAAAUUGACUUUGGCCACGUUGUAAGUUCUAAUAAAACUACUUUCAAAAUAUUUAAUCCCGAACUGGAAUGCACUCUUUAUAUGGAUAAUAAGGCCAGUAGUUAUUUGGAUGUAGGUAAACCAUUAAUUAUGGCAAAUAUGGAUCUUGAAAAGAUUGAUUUUGUCUACAAUAAUUGGAAAAUAGACAGCAUCAUUGAUUUAGAUAAAGGAAGAGGACGUGAAGCGACAGAUAGAAGAUUUACACAGUACCCGUUUUUCAGCAAAUGGUCAGAAUUACAGAAUUCCAUGUUUAUGUAUAAUAAUGAUCUAUCUGCUGAACACAAUUUUGCUUCACAACCAUCAGCUUGGCCCCUGAGUAUCAGUGGAGUCCUUUAUUGGACUAGAGCUGAAAAUAGAGAACAAAUCUACUUUAUUGGUAAUAUUAUAGCCUGGUGGUUUGAAACUGCUACUCUUUUAAUAUAUGGGAUGAUGGUGAUGGUUGAUAUAUUAUUACCUAAUAGUGCCAUAGGAAUUUUUAAGGAUAACAGCAGGGAACGUAUGUAUGGGCCGCUAGCAUUCUUAUUUAUAGGAUGGGCCUGUCACUACUUCCCAUUCUAUCUAAUGGAAAGACAAAAAUUCUUGCAUCAUUAUUUACCAGCCCAGAUGAUAAGUUGUUUGUUUACAGCUAUUUUUUGGGAGUCCCUCCUACAGGUAAACGUAACGAAACCUGAUAAUUCUUCACAAACAAGAAGAAGAUUAUUUUCAUCAUAUAUGUUUCUACUUGUCCCAAUACUAGCAUGUUUCGUAUUUUAUGGUCCUAUCAUUUACGGCUGGCCAGUACUGGAGCCUGAACAACUGCAACAAAGAGAAUGGUUUGAUAUUGAUCUUAACUUCACUUAA